AUGGCGCGCUCUACCUACUACUGACUACGUACCUACCCUACCUUCUUUUUUCUUUCUGGUGGAGAAGAUAAUUCGAGGCACUCGUCUGCCUACAUACCUACCUAUGGACCUAUCCGCCUACCCACCUUCACGACGACGCGGCACAGCAGCUUUCUCACCCAAUGGAUUGACGCGGACAGACCUAUCCACUCAUGCCUAUUCUAGGACUCGACGUCAUCUAGCGCGCUAUUCUUGAGUCUACCGCGCCUGCCACUCGCCAUGACACUUGGCAUCGACCUCGACCUUAGCGGCAGGCAGAGUCACGACAACCGCCACCAACAGUACUGCUCUUCUUCCGUCCCGCCGAUCUCGCGCUCGUCUUCGCCGCUCUCUGCUCUCGUCCGCCCUUCUGUCCUAUCGGAUUGGUCAUACCGCCUGCUUCCGCUCGUGGCAUUGGAGAGCGCGCUUUUUCUUAGCUACGCUGCGUACGGCUUUGUAAUGCUCUGCUCUGCUCAGUUGGCCAUCGCAUGGGUUUUGGAUGAGGGGCGGGGGUCGGACGGUUGGCUGGUGCUGGUGCUGGUGCCUGGGGGGGUUGGGGGGUGCUCUGGGGCGCUGUGGGGGUGGGGGUUGCGUGGAUGGGUCGUGCGUGGGGUGAGUGAGAGCUUUUUUGCUUUUCUUUCUGGUGAUGCAGGGAUCGCGCGCAUUUCUUCGGCUCUGAGGGGAUGAUGAUGGGCUGGUUUGGUGCGGUUCGGGUUUCUUACUGGCGUGUUGAGUGAGGAUGGGGGGGUGGGGGUAAUGAGUAGGACGCCUCUUACUCCCCGUCCUCGUUCUUUGCUUCUUUCGUUUCUCUUGCGCUU